AUGGAAGCACAAACACAAAGUAAAAGGAUUCUAUUCUUUCCAUUGCCUUUACAAGGCCACAUUAAUCCCAUGCUACAACUUGCUAAUAUACUUCACUCCAGGGGCUUCAAUGUCACCAUCAUUCACACCACCUUUAACUCUCCUGAUCCUUCUCAUUUUCCUCAUUUCAAUUUUGAGUCCAUUUCUGAUGGUCUGUCUGCAGCUGAAGCGUCCACAAAAGAUGUCAUUGCUCUUUUGUCACUCCUCAAUGUCAAAUGUGCUGCACCGUUUCAAGAAUGUUUAGCGCGAUUGUUGUCUGGUGAGGAGCCUGUUGCUUGCUUGAUUUCAGAUGCUGUUCUGCACUUCACUUCUGAAGUUGCUAGAAGUUUUGAGCUUCCGAGGCUCGUGUUAAGGACUGGUGGAGUCUCUUCUUUCCUGGCUUUUGCUGCUUUCCCGGUUUUGCAGCAAAAGGGUUAUCUACUCAAUCAAGAUUUGCGGUUAGAAGAACUUGUUCCAGAGCUGCCACCACUACGCGUUAAAGAUCUUCCUGUGAUUAAGACGAGCAACCCUCAGACACUCUAUCAACUAGUAGAAGGAAUGGUAAAAGAAACAAAGGCUUCAUCAGGGCUCAUCUGGAACUCUUUUGAAGAACUUGAAAAGCCUGCAUUGGCCACGCUUAUGCAGGACUUUCCAAUUCCAAUCUUUCCAGUAGGUCCAUUUCAUAAAUACUUCCCAGCUUCUUCAAGUAGUUUGAUCCCACAUGAUCAGACCUGCAUUUCUUGGUUAGACAAGCAAGAAUCCAACUCUGUGAUCUACGUCAGCUUUGGAAGCAUUGCAGCAAUUAGUGACAUUGAGUUUCUGGAAAUAGCUUGGGGUCUAGCUGAUAGCAAGCACCCUUUUCUGUGGGUGAUUAGGCCUGGAUUGAUUCGUGGAUCUGAUUGGAUAGAAUCAUUGCCAGAUGGUUACCUAGAGAUGUUGGAUGGCCGGGGUCAUAUUGUAAAAUGGGCUCCCCAACAGGAAGUACUAGCUCAUCCUGCUGUUGGAGCAUUUUGGACACACAAUGGAUGGAACUCGACACUAGAGAGUAUCUGUGAAGGGGUUCCCAUGAUCUGUAUGCCUUGUUUUACUGAUCAAAUGGUGAAUGCUAGGUAUGUAACACAUGUCUGGAAAAUUGGGUUGCAGUUGGAAAAUGGACUGGAAAGAACGCGUAUAAAAAUUGACAUCAAAAGAGUUAUGGUGGAGAAAGAAGGGAAAGAGAUGAAAGAGAGAGCUGAACAUCUGAAAGAAAAGGUCAAUAAGUGUUUGCAGCAAGGUGGAUCGUCGAACAAGUCUCUUGAGAGCUUGGUAUGUUACAUCUUAUCAUGUUAGAUCCCAGAUCUUUCACUCCUAGCUUUUAAUAUCUUAGGGUAUUGGUUAAGACUUUUCAGUCUGCAUUUCUUUCAAAUAUGUUUUUCUUUUUAAAUCAAUAUCCUGAUCAAAGGCGCUACCCUUAAGUUGCUUGCUGGCGUCCGACCAGAGGAGGUUUAGGCGCCUGAUCUUGAUUUUUACUGCACUUGUUCAAUGUAUGCCCUCAACUAAGUUAAGAUAUAGCAGAUUCAGUUUUCUCA